GGCCGGUGAUCGGUGGGCGACCGUCCGCCAGGGCGGGGGACAACCAGGCUGGGUCUGCGUCCCCAGUUUCCUGGAGCGGCGACGCCGUGGCCCGGGUUGUCCUCUUGGAGGAACCCUCCAUGCGAAAGGUGGAUUCGAGGAGGCUUUUGGGGUGCUUCCCGGAGGGCCCAGGGAGCUUCUUGACUUGUGCGGGUGGCGGGGUCCCCCUCGGACUGGGACCGGGCAGGGCCGUGCGCGCGCGUGUGUGCGCGCUCGUGUGUGCGCGCGUGCGAGGAGGCAGCCCCUGGAAUUGGCCCGUCACCCCCCGGCAGAACCAGCCUGCACCCCCCCCACCCCCGAGCCCCACCUGGAGCGGGUUUGCGAGCGGUGGCGCGGCGGGGAAGGUACUGCCCCUUUAAAGGGCAGCCCUCCCUCCGGAGUAAUGGACACCUCAGCCUCCGCCCCCCGCCCGCCGGAGCGGGGGAGAGAACUUGUUUUCAUUCAUAACUUUUUCCUUUUCCUUCCUCUCCGUCAACUAUUUAUUCAGCGCUGGGCUCUCGGAGCGCAGAGGGCGCGCUCCCCCGCGGGCCCGGCGAAGUGGCGGCGCUGCGCUGCGGCCCCGGCCCCGCGCGCCCCUGCCCGGCGUUAGGAAGCGCUGCCCUCCCAGGUGCACACGGACGCUGUGCAACCGUCCGUGCAGCGGGCGUGCUCUGGGGGCCUCUGAAUCUGGGAGCCACCUCUGUGGAGACGCAGACAGGCUUUGGAGGUUCCACGGCGAUCCUUAGGAUGUGAGGGGCUUGUCCGAAAAGGAUUUCAGAUGCAUGCCAGGUCCCCACUGAUUGCCAGAAUUCGAGAUCACUACACAUGGAUCCCCCAAAUCAACAUGGCAGUGGCAGUUCGUUAGUUGUGAUUCAGCAGCCUGCACUGGGUAGUCGGCAGAGGCUAGACUAUGAGAGAGAGAUUCAGCCUGCUGCUAUUUUGUCCUUAGACCAGAUCAAGGCCAUCAGAGGCAGCAAUGAAUACACGGAAGGGCCGUCAGUGGUGAAAAGACCUGCUCCUCGAACGGCACCAAGACAAGAAAAGCACGAAAGGACUCAUGAAAUCAUACCGAUCAAUGUGAAUAAUAACUAUGAGCAUAGACCUACCAGCCACCUGGGACACGCAGGCCCCUUGAAUAAUGCCCGAGGCCCCAUUUUGAGCAGAUCCACCAGCACUGGAAGCGCAGCCAGUUCUGGGAGCAACAGCAGUGCCUCUUCCGAGCAGGGGCUGUUGGGAAGGUCACCACCAGCCAGACCGGUCCCUGGUCAUCGGUCUGAAAGGGCAAUCCGGACCCAGCCCAAGCAGCUGAUUGUGGACGACUUGAAGGGUUCCUUGAAAGAGGACCUGACACAGCACAAGUUCAUUUGCGAACAGUGUGGGAAGUGCAAGUGUGGCGAGUGCACGGCUCCCAGGACCCUGCCUUCCUGUUUGGCCUGUGACCGGCAGUGCCUUUGCUCUGCUGAGAGCAUGGUGGAGUACGGAACCUGCAUGUGCUUGGUCAAGGGCAUCUUCUACCACUGCUCCAACGACGAUGAAGGGGACUCUUACUCGGAUAAUCCUUGUUCCUGCUCCCAGUCACACUGCUGCUCUAGGUACCUGUGUAUGGGAGCCAUGUCUCUAUUUUUACCUUGCUUGCUCUGUUAUCCUCCUGCCAAAGGAUGCCUAAAGCUGUGCAGGGGGUGUUAUGACUGGAUCCAUCGCCCAGGGUGCAGAUGCAAGAACUCCAACACUGUCUACUUUUCUCCCUGUUUCCCGCCUUCUCCUCCCUUGUCCCCAAGGUUUGACUCAUGGAUUUAACUCCAGUGGAUGGUCUUCAGUAGGCGUGGACUGACACUGCACCUGGCCCCCACUUGGGACAGGAGCCUCUGCCCUCCACUCGAGAGAGGGUGUUGAGAGCCAGUGGGGUUUUUGUGUAGCCUUUUUGUUCUGCAAGCAAUGUGCCCAGGCGACAGUGAUUUAGAGCUGAUUUUGAUGGGGUACUCUGGGAGCAGGGAAGUUGGUUUUUAAAGAAGCAACCAUUUAAUUGCUUAAAUAAGCUAUGUAUUAAACCUCUCUCCAGUUAGGGCUGUCUUCAUAGCAUUGGCCCCUUAAGUAGCAUGGGGGAUAUAUUUUUGUUACAACAUAAAAACUCUCCUUUAACCACUGCCCUCGCCCAGCCCCUCAAAGUUGUGUCCCCUCAGUUUUCGCAUCUUCUAGAGGUGCCAGGUAUUUCUUUUUUUUGCCUGUGUAAUUUUAGAUUGGCUUUACGAUGUAAAUCUUCACAUUGGAGAUAAUAUUGGUUGUAUCUUGUUCAUCCUUAUUCUAGCUUUCGUGUUUCCAAAGGAUUCAGCUGCUUUCCUUCUGCACCCCAUGCUUUUCACCAAAUUUCUCUGGUCAUUGAGGGCACUUGGAUAACUGAAGUUAAUAUUUAUAGCUGAUGAGACUACAGGUGUCACAGAACUCUGCUGCCUAAAGUGAUCUUGGCUCCUGGAUGGUCCUUUUGACCCCUUGGUUAGUUAACAGCGGAGUAAUUCUAAUCUUUUCUGUGUUUUCCAUGCCUUAACCACAAAUUGUGGUGCUUUUUGUAUAUUUUAUGUAUAAAUCACAAAGUUGAAUUCUGACUAUUUUUAAGACAAAAGUCUGUUAAACUUUUUUAUUGUAAAGAAUAUUUAUUAUGCGAAUCUCUAUUAUUUUAUGAUAUUUAUUACAAAAGACUGUUGAAAUGUACUCAUGUCUGACUAUAACAAAAUAUCAAUACAUAACGGAAAAUAAGGUGACACGAAGAAAGUACGUAUGUUAACUAUAAUGCAGAAAAUAUAUUAAUUAACGAAACUGUCUCUUGAUU